GCCCGCCGGCACGGACCCCGCGCCGGCCAAGGUUUGCCUUCGGGUCUGGGACUUUGGCCCUGAAGAGGCGUGGAAGAGAUGGGGGGAGGAAUGGCCACACGAGGGGGAAAACGCAGCCCAAGUGUAAAUGUGUAUGAGUCCUGCGGUUUCUUCUGCCUUUCUGAAUGUUUUCAGUGAUGCAGUGCUGGACACAUGAGUGUGCCUUUGCCUUGUUUUACUUAAACCUGCCUUCUGACCUGGAAUAGUGUUCCAUAAUUCAUUGGAAAGGUUUUUUGGAGCACCUCAGAUGACGUCCUAAAUGGGUGAUUAACUUCACAAUGGCAGAACUCACACUAGAAAAUGGCAGCUGUAUGGACUGGCAAAAGCGAUGCCUUGCGUUGGAGUCCCAGCUCUUCAAAUUCCGCUUGCAGGCAAGCAAGAUCCGAGAGCUGUUAGCUGAGAAGAUGCAGGAAUUGGAGCAGAGAGUGAUAGAAGCAGAGCAAAGAGCUGAAGAGGCAGAGAAACAGGUCAGAGUUAUGGAAGAGAAGAUAAAACUAGCCAAUGUGAAGAUUUGUGAAUCAGACAGCACCCUAUACAGGAAAUACCAAGACCUGAUGGGCACAGUGCAAGGAAAAGAGGAUCUGAUCAGCAGAUUGGAGACACAGCUAGCAAAACAGAAACAGUUGAGGACUGAAGAAGCCAAAAUUGUUCAAGAGAAAGCUGCCAAGAUCAAAGAAUGGGUAACAUUUAAGCUCAGGGAGCUUGAGCUAGAGAAUUACCACCUGAAAACUUGUAAUCAGAGGCUGAUGGAGCAAAUCGAAGCCCUUCAGGAUACAUUGCAAGAUAUGACCAGCAUUCCUCCCUUUGAAUCUCUUUGGAGCUGUAGUUCCCUGAAGCCUAGAGCAUCACGGGCCUCUUUUGCUGAGAAGAUAGACCAGGAAUCUGUGCUCCUUGCACCUGGUUUCAGAGAGAUGCGUGAGACAGGACCUACCAAGCAUGUCCUUUCUUCAGCAAAUACAGUCCUUGCCAAUGACACCUUUACUGAGAAUGGAGAGGAUAAAUCUCUGCUUUCCCAGAAUAAGCUGAAGCUCGUGUCUGACCCAUCAAACUGGAAUCUCUCCACAGAGAAGGAUGUAUUUCCAGCUGUAAGUUCUGAACACUGUUUAGGGUGCUCUGAUCCUGUAUCAGUGGACCCUCCAGCUGAGACCACAAGAAUUCUUGAGGCUUUGACCUUCCAGUCAUCUUUGAAAGAAAACUGUAGUGCUGUGAGCACCUUGAAACAAGUGGGUUUUGAUGGCACCCGCUUCUCUGAUGAUCUGAGUGCCAGAUUCCACUCCCACCGGCUGGAGUCCUCUUCCUCAGGAGAAAUAAUGAGCAUGCUUGAGGGCCGUCUCCAAACUGCUGAACCACCCCUGGUUGUGUCAACAUCAACUGUUACAGCACAUUCCUCCUGUGCAGGGAGGGAAUGCAGCCUUGGGACUAGUAUGACGUUUCCAAAAAUACGAACACCCAAUACACCAAGAGACAGUAUUCAACUGGCCAAGAGACAUCACAGCCAACCACAGCCAGGGGUUAAUUCUUUCCAUCAUGUAAUGCACUUAGAGACUAGCACUUUCCAGCCCAUAACAGACCCUCCAGCAUGCCAUGGGCUCGUGGAGGAGACAGAUAUUGAUGAUGAUGGAGUAUUGGAGAAGAUGGAUACAGAAUGUGGACUGCUGAGGGAAGAAGCUAGAGCAUGUGAGGAAAUGUACCACUUACCUGCAGGGCAGAGAGAAGCUGUGAGUUCUGAGGCUGGCAUACUUGACCCAGGAGGUAAACCUCCAACACCACCGCUGCACAGAUUCCCAUCAUGGGAGAGCCGAAUCUAUGCUGUGGCCAAGUCUGGCAUGAGGUUGUCUGAAGUGGCCAUGGUGAAUGAUACUUCCAGAUGCUUUUCCAAUUUCUCGUGUUCAACUUCUGGGCCAUUUACCUGUCUUAUCUACAGAAACGUCACUGUGCCAGUCUACACUACACUGAAGGGGAAAGCCACACAGAUCAGCAACGUGCCUUUCUUAGACGAAUCUUCAGGAUCUGAUGAUGACUGUGGCUCCCAUGCCAGCUUAAGGACUUCUACUGCUGGAUCCGAGAACAGGAAAGCUAGCAUGCCAGGCAGCCCUCGUGCAGUGAAAAGAGGUGUAUCUAUGUCCUCACUGAGCUCUGAGAGUGACUAUGCCAUCCCUCCUGAUGCCUAUUCCUUGGAUGAUGACUAUUCAGAGCCAGAACAUAAGCUACAGCGAACAUCUUCCUAUUCCACUGAUGGUGGAAUCUGCACUGAACCCAUGGAGAAAUCAGGUUACUUGCUCAAAAUGGGCAGCCAGGUAAAGAUGUGGAAGAGACGAUGGUUUGUUCUUAGAAACAGACAAAUCAUGUACUACAAGUCUCCGAGCGAUGUUAUCCGCAAACCACAAGGGCAGAUGGAGCUGAAUUCCUCAUGCCAAAUUGUCAGAGGUGAAGGGUCCCAAACAUUCCAGCUUGUGACAGAAAAGAGGACCUACUUCCUGACAGCAGACUCACCCAACAUCCUAGAGGAAUGGAUUCAUGUCCUACAGAGUAUCCUGAGAGUGCAAGUGACCAGUCCUGUUGGUGUUCCUCACAGUGAUGAUAAACCUACUGUGAAAGGUUGGCUAACCAAGGUCAAGCAUGGUCACUCUAAGCUGGUCUGGUGUGCACUGAUUGGAAAAACUUUCUACUACUAUCGAAAUCAUGAAGAUAAAUGUCCCUUAGGGCAUCUGCCUAUGCGUGAGUCCAAAGUGGAAGAAGUAGACCGUUCCUGUGACUCUGAUGAGGAUUAUGAAGCCACUGGUGGAGGAUUUCUCUCAUCCCACUGUACACUGGUGAUUCACCCACAGGACCAGAGUCCCACAUACUUACUCAUCCGCACCAAACAGGAGAAGAAUACCUGGCUGUACCAUCUGACCGUUGCAGCUGGUAGCAGAAAUGCCACAGUGGGCACAUCAUACGAGCAACUCAUUGGAAAACUACUGGAUGCAGAGGGAGACCCUAAUUCUCCUCUGUGGAAACAUCCUAUGUUGUGCUACAGUAAAGACGGGUUGCACACAUCCCUCACCACUCUGCCAUCGGAGGCUCUGCAGACUGAAGCUCUGAAACUUUUUAAGUCCUGUCAGCUGUUCAUCAACGUUCCCGUGGAGGCAUCCUCUAUUGAUUACCACGUGUCGCUUGCCCAGACGGCACUGCAGGUCUGCUUGACCCACACUGAGCUGCAGAAUGAAAUUUACUGUCAACUUGUUAAACAGACCAGCUGCCGACAACCCCAGAACCACUCAGUCAUUCAGUGCUGGCAACUCCUUGCUUUAUGUGCUCCUCUAUUCCUGCCUCAACAUCACUUCCUCUGGUACAUCAAACAGCACUUGCAGCGACAUGCAGACCCCAGGAGUGAAAUAGGCAAGUAUGCCAUCUACUGCCAGAGAUCAGUAGACCGCACGGUGCAGGCUGGAGAGCGGGAAGCCAAGCCCUCCCGGAUGGAGAUUGUGUCCAUCCUGCUAAGAAAUCCCUACCACCACUCACUCCCCUUCAGCAUCCCAGUGCACUUCAUGAAUGGAACCUACCAGGUUAUAGGUUUUGAUGGUUCUUCAACAGUUGAUGAAUUCAUCCAGCGACUCAACCAGGAGACAGGAAUGAGGAAGCCAUCCCACAUGGGAUUUUCUCUCUUCACAGAUGAUCCUUCUGGCAGGAAUCUGGAACAUUGUUUGCAGGGCAACAUGAAGAUCUGUGAUGUCAUUUCUAAAUGGGAACAAGCCUUAAAAGAAUUGCACCCUGGGAAAUACGAAGGUGGCACAAGAAUUGUGAAGUUGACCUAUAAGAACAGACUAUAUUUUCGGAGCCAGGCCAAAGGUGAGACAGACCGUGAGCGGUUGCUGCUGGCCUUCCAAGUCAGCAAUGAAAUAGCCAAUGGAAGGUUUCCUGUUAAUAAGGAAUUAGCUCUGGAAAUGGUGGCUCUGAUGGCUCAGGUGGAAUAUGGGGAUUUGGAUCGAUCAGGAUCUUCAAGUCCUGGGGGAACAUCACAAUUAAAAAUGCAGCAUCUUCUCCAUCAGGUCUUAGAUAAAUUCUACCCCAAACACUACAAGCAAAACAUUACUCCUGAACAGCUCAGGCAACUGACAGACAGGCUGGCAAUGAAGUGGAUGGUGCUGCAGGGAUGCUCUCCACCAGAAUGCAUUCGAAUUUAUUUGACGGUGGCCCGGAAAUGGCCUCUCUUUGGAGCCAAAAUAUUUGCUGCUAAGCCUAUUUUGCCUUCCUCAUUGGAAGACUGUCCAGUCUGGAUAGCUGUGAAUGAAGAUGGUAUCAGCAUACUGGAUUAUAACACAUUGCAUCUGAAGGUCUCUUAUUCAUACUCCUCUGUGCUGACCUUUGGAGGCUGUCGAGAUGACUUCAUGAUUGUAGUCAGUCAAAUGAAAGAAAACAGUUCUGGAAAAAACAGCACUGAAAAGCUCCUCUUCACAAUGGCAGUUCCUAAGAUUGUUGAAGCAACACUUCUUAUUGCCAGCUACAUUAACUACCGCUCGUCACCUUCACUCCUGUCUUCUGCACAGCCCUCCCAAAGCAAAACACCUGCUAAGAAGCUCUGGGAGACUGAAAAUCGGUGCUUUUUUCCUAACAUGCCCCGAAGCACUAAGGGGCCCACCCUGCUCUGAGGGCUCAUUCCAAAUGAGCUAUGAUUCUUCUGGUUACACACCACUACUUUAAUGUGGACUCUGAUUCUUUUUCCGUAAUAAUAGACAAAAGUUCCUUA